AUGGUGACGGUGCGGAUCGCAGUCGUCGGCGACGAGGGCACCGGUAAGUCGAGCUUGAUUACCUCCCUCGUCAAAGACUCGUUCGUGAGCAGUAAGAUCCAGCCCGUACUUCCGCAAAUAACAAUUCCUCCCACGCUGGGCACACCUGAAGAUGCGAACACAACGGUGGUGGACACAUCUGCGCUUCCGCAAGAACGACCCAACCUCGCUCGAGAGAUUCGAAAGUCGAACUGCAUACUUCUCUGCUACAGUGAUCACUACUCGUACGAGCGAGUUGCGCUGUUCUGGAUGCCCUACUUCAGGUCUCUGGGCGUCAAUCUGCCCGUAAUACUAUGUGCCAACAAGUCAGACCUGUCAAACUCUACGAAGGCGCAGGUGGUCGAGGAAGAGAUGCUGCCUGUGAUGGCCGAGUUCAAAGAGAUCGAUUGCUGCAUACGGACAAGCGCCAGGAAGCACUCGAACGUCAACGAGGCGUUCUUCCUUUGCCAGAAAGCAGUCACACACCCCAUAGCUCCUCUGUUCGAUGCAAAAGAAUCAGCUCUGAAGCAACCUGCUGUGUCCGCCCUCGAAAGGAUAUUCUACCUCUGUGACAAGGACAAGGAUGGCGUACUCAACGAUAAGGAGAUGGGAGACUUCCAGAUGAAGUGCUUCGACAAGCCGCUCAAUGACAGCGAUCUGAACGGAGUCAAGGAUAGCCUUCAGAGUACGUCGGCAGACGCAGUAACUGAAAAUGGCGUUACCGCCCAAGGCUUCCUCCUUCUCAUGAAGAUGUAUGCGGAAAAGGGCCGUCACGAGACUGUAUGGAUUGUUCUAAGGACGUUCCAGUAUACCGACAGCCUGUCCUUGCAAGAGAGCUUCUUACACCCCAAAUUCGACGUGCCUGAAUUUGCAUCGGCAGAACUGUCGCCAGCUGGCUAUCGCUUCUUCGUGGACAUUUUUCUCACCGCAGAUCGAGACAACGAUGGCGGGUUGAAGCACGAGGAAUUAGCCGCCCUGUUUGCGCCUACUCCAGGGGUGCCUCAGCUUUGGCGUGACAAUGACUUUCCAGCAUGUACAGUACGCAAUGACGCCGGCCAUGUCACACUCCAGGGCUGGCUAGCGCAGUGGUCUAUGACGACUUUCAUGUCGCCCACAACAACAUUGGAGUACCUGGCUUACCUAGGUUUCGAAUCUUCAGAUCGGUCAUUACCCAACUCGACAGCAGCGUUGAAGAUCACCAAAGCACGGAAGAGAAGACGGCGGCCAGGACGAACGGGAAGAAACGUUAUAUUGGCGCAUGUCCUUGGUCCGCCUCAGUCAGGGAAGUCGUACUUGCUGGACACACUGCUGGGGCAGCACUUCAGCAGCACCUACAGACCGACCAUUCAGGCCCGAACAGCUGUCAACACAGUCGAGCUACCAGGUGGCAGGCAAUGCUAUCUCAUUCUGAAGGAGUUGGGCGAGUCAGAAACAGCUGUACUCGACAACAAGAGCAAAUUGCUGGAUAAAUGCGAUGUGAUCGUCUAUACUUACGACUCAUCAGAUCCGGACUCAUUUGCGUAUAUUCCAAACAUCCGUAAACAACACCCUCAUCUGGAGGAGCUACCAAGUGUCUACGUAGCUUUGAAAGCAGAUCUGGACCGAACAACUCAACGCGCUGAACAUCAGCCAGACGAGUAUACGGCGAACAUUCAGCGGAUGCCACAAGGUCCGCCUAUUCAUACAAGCGUCACCUGGCCAUCGAUCCAGGAGCUCUUCGUCGCAAUCGCAGAAGCUGGACUGGAACCGAUCACUGCAUACCCUCGGCCUCUACAGGAUGAGGACAGCGGACAGUUGAUGCGAUACGGCAUUGCGGCUGGCGCGGCCGCAUGCGCGGGAGCAGCCGCGGUGUUAGUCUUCAGGAAGGCGGCUAGUGGCACUGCAAAGAAGAAGCGAUGCAAUCAUACGUUCACCAGAGCCCCGGACCAACGUGCAGAGAGUGACGGGGUAGAUAAGGUCCUCCCGAAUCUCACUCACAAAGAGCCCGUCCGCUUCGUGGGUGAUCUCAAUCCAGAGUCUAUCUUGACGGAUCUCGGUCGUGGUAGCGAGCGGCCUCGUGUCAGUAGGAUAGGCACGUUCGUACAGGAUGACAGCCGAACACACGACUCAAUACACUUGCCUGCCACUGAUCCUCCCCAGACCCGAUCAGGGGAGAAGACUCCUGUCAAUGUCGAGAAGUAUGCUCGAGCCGACGGAGGGAAGAGGAUGUUAACUCCUCAGUACCGAAACUACUUGCAAUCUGUGGGUGCCUUCCGGGUUCUGCCCAAGGCAACGCAAGAUGCUUUGGUGACCACGUAUAUCUCAUGCUUUGAUGGCCUACUUCCCGUUCUGGACUGCGGCAAGCUGCUGCGCGACUACACUGCAGGAACGACCUCGCUAUUCCUCAUUCAAGCGAUAUGUCUCAUCACUUGCAAGAUUCCAGAUGCAUCGGAGUGGUUGCGACUAUACGACGACGGGCCAUUGCUCGAUCCAAUCCCAUUCGCACGUAGCUUACAUGUCGGUCUUGACGCGGCUAUGAAGGCGGAUCUCGAGCCAGAUCGCAUGACGAAGGUACAGAUCCUCACGCUGAUGCAUCUGCAUAAUGACGGACCUGGAGGUAUCGAAGAGUCAUCACUUCACCUGUCGCAAGCUAUACACGAUGCCUGGACCGCAGGACUUCACAUUCAUACUCCCGGAAGAACGCUAGUAGACCAAGCAAGCAUGACAUGGUGGAUGAUCUGGGCUCUCGAUCGGUUCAACGCCUGUAUAGGCGGUCGACCAAUCAUGAUUGCAGAUCGCGAUAUCGACCUCUCCCGGCCACCGAUUGACUCGUCAAUCCGAGCUCCAAGUGCUCUCGUAUGGAUUCGUCUCGGAGAGCUCCUGGACAAGGUCAUCGAAUUCUACAGACCAGCUUCGUACGAUCCCAAUGCUAGCGGGUGGGAGCACGACUUUCCAUCAUGGUCGUCCUUACUCCAAGGCAUCGACCUGCAAGACAACACUGGUCCAGGACAACUUACAGUCCUGGAGAUCGGGUACAAUGUCAUCGCUAUCUUGUCUUGCCGAAACGCUUCACCGGCACAAGCGUCUUAUAAGCGACGCGUCGCUGCCGCAGAUCGGAUACAAGCUCUUCUCACAGAAGUGCCACCCCGAGAAUGCCCUCCUAUACCGCUCGUUCCCUACGCCAUCGGCCUGUCGCUGACUGUAGCCUACCGGUGCAUUCGCUCGCCAUCAACGACGAAUCCUGAGGAACAAAAGGACAAUCUAAGUACUCGUGCUGAAAUGCUUGAAUCGUUAUCACAGUACUGGUGGACCGCCGAUGCUAUGGCCAAACUAGGUCGCAAAGCUCUCAAAUCAAUGCAGAAUCCCGUGGGAGUUAAGCGUGGCGAGAUCGACUCAUUGGCGUCCGCGAUGGAAAGCGAGGUGACCGUAUGCAAGUACGGUCCAUUCGAAGGAAGGACACAAGGCCAAGGAGUCGUUGGCCAGCCGCAACAGCCGCCUUCGGAUACUGACAUUAAUGGCAACGCUCUGCGUCUCUUAUCUGAUGCAGCAGCAAGGCACUCCACCAAUACGCCACAGAGCAAUUAUACAUCUACUCCGUCACGCAGCACGACUGCAUGCGCUAACAGUGCUCCAUCGAACGGCCUCGACAGCACAGGAAGCUAUCAGCAUACGCCACUUACUGAUGCUCUACCUACUCCAAAUAAUGCUGCAAACAAUGAUGGGACUGUCGAUGCAAGCCUCUUACCCAACAAUGCCCAAACGCCUUACAACGACAUGUCGAAAUUCCCCUCCCUAACAGACUCCGACUUCUCAGCAGUCGCCUUCUCCGAAUUAGACAACAUGUUCGACGGCUUCUAUGAUCUCAGCAUCCCCACUGUCACCUUCGGCACGGGCCAGAACGGAGAGCAAAUGCUCUUUGACGGGUUCGGGAAUUGGAAUGGUGUCAUGGGCGCCGACGGCAGUGGUGGGUUCGACAUGUGGAUGGGUGGUAACGAUGGGAUGAACUUCGGUAGCAAUGCCGCAUUGUUGCAGCAUCAAAGGCAUCAAUUGAGUGGUGGGUCUGUUAGUGGCGCUUCCGGGGUAGCUGCUAGUAAUGGUGGUAGUGGUGGUGGGAUGAGUGACUAUCCUGAUAUUGGAUGA